AUGCUCAGCAGCUGCCCCACGGGUUUGAGACGCUUGCAUGGAGUCAUGGGUUUGACUGGCUCCAGAAGCAUAUCCUCCGAGUCAUGCAAGACACCGCAGCGCACCUUGCGCCACUGGCCGGCAAGGGCUGUGAGUCCGACUACCCAGCUGCCUGCUCUGCUUCCUGCUUGGGGCCUCCUUGCCGUAGCAGCAUUCAUGGCAAUGGGCCUGCCUGUGUUGGUGGUCGCAACGAAGAGACGGACGCCCACAAUGGCGAGCAAAUCUUCCGAGCGUGAAGGCUUGUCUUCAGCCUGGCGUAUCGCUUCGCGAUUGACCUUUGGGAGUGCCCGCUCGCGAAGGUCAUUCAUUCUCAUCGUGCUUCUUUUCAUCUCGCUUGCUCUGGCAAACACUGCAGCUGUAGCCCAGUCUUUUGCCCAGCGAGACUACAUGACAGCCUUGUCGCAAAAGCAAGCGGCGCUUUUCUUCAAUAAGCUCGGAUUGGCAAUGGUCUUGCUCGCCGCCACGAUGCCUUUCCGAUCGCUGGCUGAAUUUGCAGCGGGCGGACUAACUAUCGUCUGGAGGGAUGCGCUCACUGACGGGCUGCUUCGAGACUAUUUUCGCCCGAAGGUCGUCUAUUGGUUGCGGCACGAGUCUAAUGUUCCAGACCCCGACAUGAGGAUAGCCGUGGAGGCUGGGCAUUUCGCGGACAUGCUGGUCCUGAUGAUCCGUGAUGUCUUCGAGAAUGUCCUGAAACUGUCAGGAUUCCUCGGGGUCAUGUACAGCAUCUCCCCUCUACUCUGUCUCGUGAUGGCCUCUUAUGCUGCAGUGGGCGCGCUGGCGACGGUGAAGUUUUUUGGAGCACCGCUGGUCCGAAUAGACCGGAGCAUCAAGUCGCAGGAGGCAGCCUUUCGUAAGUCCAUCGCUCGAUGUUUGGACCGCGCUGAGCCCCUUUGCCUCUGCGGUGGCGAGCCUUCAGAAAGUGCCGAGUCCCGAGGCCGGUACCUUAAGCUGCAGCAGCAGCAGUGGGCCCGGACGUUCUGGAGGACCAGCCUUGGAACCUUCCGGGAAUUCUUCAGCUGGGCUGCUUACUUGCUCCCUGUUGCAAUUGUGUCUCCUCUCUGGCUUCAGGACAAGGUGCCUUUUGGAACUGUGCCACAAGCCAUCAUGGCCUUCCAGGUGUCGCUGGGCGCGCUGACCGUGGUUGUUCGGAAGUUCCGUUCCGUGUCCGCGUUGAUUGCCGAGGGUAGCCGCCUGGAAGGGCUGGUUCAGGCACUGGCGGCGGCCUCGCGGCGUGCACAGAACCCACUCCCAGCGCCUGAGAUCAGCAAAGCGGCCGUUGAAGUGGAUGGGCUGUCGCUCAGUUUGCCUGACGGAUCUUUUCUCUACAGGCAACUCUCCUUUCAGCUGAAGCCGGGGGAGAGCCUGGUGGUGUUCGGGCCAUCUGGUGCAGGCAAGACCACGCUGAUUCGUGCCUUGGCUGGCUUGUGGGCAGGGGGUUCCGGGAGUCUCCGGCACACAAGGCCGGUGGCUUUUCUGCCACAGGAUCCCUACAUGCCCGAGGGUUCACUGCGUCGCGUGCUGUCAUUUCCCUUGGCCGAGCACACGCUCCGGGAUGAAGACAUUCUGGCAGCUGCCCAGUGCUCCUGCCUGGGUGAUGUCAUCGCGCGGCAUGGAGAGGACUUGGAGGUCGUUGCUGAUUGGGAGGCCGUGCUUUCGAGAGGCGAGCGGCAGCGAUGUGCAUUUUGUCGACUGCUUCUGCUGCGGCCCAACCUGGCAAUCCUGGAUGAAGCAACUUCUGCCCUGGACGAGCCAACGGAGGAAGCCCUCUACCAGCAACUGCUGAGCCUGUGCGCCGGGAUGAGCUUUGUCUCCAUCACACAUCGCCCGGCCUUGCAGCGAUUCCACACGCACGUGCUUCGCUUUGAGGUGGAUGAGUCUGGCGAAGCAUCUGGGAAAUUUGAAGUGAACACUGCUGCUACGCCAUGA